CUGCUCUCAAUAAGCGGCACUCAACAGUCCUUUUACUUAAUUUGUGACGAAAUGGUUUUUUUUUCCGUAGAUUGGCGAAAUGUGUUGUUACCACUUUUGUUUUCGAGAGAUAAUGCAAUUAUGAGAUGAAAGUGAGUGAAAUGAAGAAAAUUGGAAAUUCUUUUGUUUUUUUUUUGAAAAUUUGAAUGUUUUUUGUUGUUUUUCUAGUAGUUGAGGAUUUCUAGACUUGUUUGAACGAGAAAAUUUGUUGAAUAAGUUUUGUCUAAAAUUAUUUUUUCCAUUUAGGAUUUCCAAUUUUUUGAAUUCUCUCAUAAACUUUGUUCUCUUUUUUACUUUUUUUAAGGAAUGUUUUUCCACAGAGCAAAGCUUCUCUUUAACUGUACGUUACCUUUUUCGUCUAUUGAUUUUCUCUACAUUUUUAUCUUCAGUUCUUGUCCUUCCAACAAAAAAAUAAUUUUUUUUUGUUUUUCAAAGGUCUUUCAACAAAUAACAGCCAAUUAUUAUUAAAAAUUAGAAUGGGGUCCUUGGAAGCUGUAGUUGCUGCUGCCUUGGAGGAUGAAGAACGAAGGAGUCAACUUAGCUACAAAAAAAUUAAAAAAGAAGCUUUAGCACCCGUUUUUGGGUCGGAAGGUGCUGCUGGUGCAGAUUUACAUAGUGCUGAGGAAUGUGUUGUUCCGGCUAAAGGCAAGUAUUUGGUGCCAACUGGAAUUCAAAUCGCUCUGCCUGAGGGGUACUAUGGAAGGUAUAUUUUUUGUUUUAAUUUUUGUGGAUUCUAUUUGAUAUAG